GCCUUCACCUCUCUAUUCCUCUCUCUCACUCACUCUAACCUGCUCGCCAUUCUCGUCCAUCUUGAGUUUCUCUCUCUAGAGAGCAAUGGCUUCUCCAAUGGCGACCGCUUCCUCUCUCCUGGUUCUCUCUCUCCUCCUGUAUACCACCCUCGCCUCCCCUCUCGUCCUGACCCUGGUUAACAACUGCCCCUUCACCAUCUGGCCGGCCAUCCAGCCGAACGCCGGUCACUACGUCCCGGAGAAGGGCGGCUUCGCCCUCGAGACCCUCCAGCACAAAUCCUUCGCCGCACCUCAUACCCACUGGUCCGGCCGCAUCUGGGCUCGCACUGGCUGCACCUACUCUACUGGCCGCUUCCAUUGUGAGACAGGCGAUUGUGGCCGCCUCGAGUGCAACGGCGCGGGCGGCAGAGCCCCUGCGACUCUCGCGCAAUUCUCCCUCCACCACGGCCACAACGAUCAGUCAUCCUACUCUGUUUCCCUGGUCGAUGGAUUCAAUGUUCCCAUGACUGUGACUCCCCAUGAGGGGAAGGGCUUGUGUCCUGUGGUGGGGUGCAGGGAGGAUUUACUGGCGACGUGCCCCACGCAGCUGAGGCUGUGUGCGGCCAACGGGAAGGUGGUGGGGUGCAAGAGCGGGUGCGAGGCUUUCGGAACGGAUGAGCUGUGCUGCCGGAACCAGUAUAACAGCCCCCACACAUGCCAUGGGUCUACCUACUCUGAGUUCUUUAAGCACAAGUGCCCCGCCACCUUCACCUACGCACAUGACAGUCCUUCUCUCACGCAUAACUGCGUCGAGCCCAGGGAGCUUAAGGUCAUAUUCUGUCACUGAAAGCGGUUUCCAUGGGAAUAUCCAGUCUUGUUUCUCUCUACCUCACCUCUCUGCCAUAGUUUGCAUUUCCCUCAACUACAUGUUCUCUCUCUUUUGAAAAAUGUGACUUAUUGUAUUUUUA